AUGGAGCCCAAGCUCAAGGAACAGAACACUGGAAAAAUAAUGAAGAAGAUCAAUCCGGCUUGGUCUUGGGUAGCAAAUCAUGCUUUCAGUCCGAGAGGUAGAUUCUUGAUUAUGUGGGAUAGUACUUUGGUGGAUUCUGAAACUAUUUCCAUGACUGCUCAACUCAUUCAUGGAGUAGUUAAAGUCAUAUCACUUAAUCUAGUGUUUGAUUUUACAGCCAUACACUGGAAUGACAAAAUUGAGGGCUACUGGAAGGAGUAUACAUGGACAAAUGGUCAUACUUAUAGUAUACUAGAUAGAGGCUUGGUUAAUGCCGAAUGGAUGCUAAAUCUCCAGUACUCAGAGAUACUGAUUAUGGAGCCUGGUUGUUCAGAUCAUUCUCCCUUAUGCAUUACUUGUCUGGAUGAAGGUGAGAGGAAGCCCAGACCUUUCAGAUUUAUGAACCACCUUAUAGGCCAUGCUGAUUUUCUGGACAUUGUAAAAGAAACUUGGGGUGUAGAAUCACAAACUUGCACUAUGAGGGAAAUCUGGCAAAAACUAAAACUCAUGAAGCAAAAAAUGAAAGUUUUGAAUUCUAAUAUUUUGAAUUCUACUGAGUUUAGAGGAGUAGAUGCUAAGGUCAAACAUUAUAGGCAGCAGUUGCAGCACCUCCAAGAGAAUAUGACUGUCCCUGGGCAACCUCAAGAUGUGCUACAAUAUGAAAGAGAGACCAAAAUGGAACUUGAGAAAUGGAUGAGUAUUGAGGAAAGUAUAAUGCAACAAAAAUCUAGAAUACAAUGGCUUAAAUUGGGGGAUGCAAAUACAACAUAUUUUUUUGCAAGUAUGAGGAAUAGAUGCGCCCAAAAUAGAAUCACUGGGCUUGGUGAUGCCUCAGUUACUUUGCUACAAACUAGAGAUGAGAUUGAAGGGGAGGUGAUGUCACGAUCCAACUAG